AUGAAGAACACUAUCCAGUAUCUCGCCGCGGCUCUGCCGUUGGCUUCAGCGUACCCUCAAGUUAUGGAGGCCGUCUCAGGACAGAUGGCCAAGCGUGUCACCUACCCUGUUGUCGGUGCUCCCGCAUUCACAACCGACCGCGACAACUGCGGUUCCCACGGAAAGUGUACCGUGUUCAACGCCGAGGAUCAGUACGUAGAUGUCACUUCAGGCAGCGGGCAUGAGUUCCAGUCACCAAAGGCAAGCGAUGCCCGUGGUCAGUGUCCUGGAUUGAACGCCGCGUCAAACCACGCCUUCUUGCCUCGUAACGGUAUCGCUACGAUUCAGCAGACAAUCGACGGUCUUGGUGCCGCCUACAGCAUGUCUCCCGAGCUGUCAUUGAUAUUGGCAGCUAUUGCCAUUGCCAUCUCCGGCGACCCAGUUGCUGGAACGUGGAGCAUUGGUGGAGGAUAUGACGGCGCUCUUAGCCUGUUGGGACGACCAACUGGUAUUGUUGGCACACACAACAGAUAUGAGGGUGAUGCCUCGAUCGUGAGGGGAGAUGCCUACCUUCACAAUGGCAACGUCGGCGCCUUCGAGAUGCACAAGUGGGAGCACCUCUACAGCCUACUCGGCGAGGACGGUCUCACCCACGACAAGGCUGCUGCUCAGGCCAAGUACACCGCCGACUACUCCAUCCAGAACAACCCCUACUACUUCYCAGCUCCCUUCAGUGGACUGGUCGCUCCAGACGCCCACAACUUCGUGGUUCACUUCAUGUCCAACCGCUCCGAGGCCAACAAGGGUGGUGACCUUCACGGUGAUGUUCUCAAGACUUUCUUCGCUGUUACUGGCGAGCCUGGCAACUUCGUCCACCACCGGGGCCAAGAGGCUAUUCCCGAGAACUGGUACAAGCGCCCUACGUCGCAGCCAAUGAACACAGUUGACACAAACGUGGACACCGUCAUCAACGACAGAAUGUACCCUGGUAUCAUCCGAUUUGGUGGCAACGCCGGCCAAGUCAACUCUUUCGUCGGUGCCGACCUCGGAGAUCUCACAGGCGGAGUCUUCAACGGUCCUUCACUCGCCGAGGGCAACAACCUCUCCUGCUUCAUGCUCCAGGCUACUCAGGCCGGUCUCUCCGACGCUGCCUUCCYAUUGAUCGAGCCUCUUGGCAAGACGCUCGACUUCCUGAGCAAGAAUUUGGGUCCACAGCUUUCGGGAUUGAACUGCCCACAGCUCAGCAAGUUCAACAACGAGGCCUUUAGGGAACUUCCUGGCCGGUCUUACAAGGGCCAGUAG